ACUUCGUAACAACUGUUAUCUUGACUUUAUAUUGUUUUUUUGUCUCUCAAGGUCUGACGAUGAGGACUGAAAAUAAAGACCAAGCCCAACAGGCUCCUCUCAGUGAAGGAAUGAGACUAAUUUUCGACCAGGGCACCUCUGUGUCCCCCAGAUCUCGCACAGGCGGCAGCAGCAGCAGCAGUGACAGCUUAUGCUCCAGCAGCGAUAGCAGUCGAACUGUGACACGCAGGUCACGCCGUCACAGAUAUCACCACAGGUCCAAUGGUUCAUCUUCGAGCAGCAGCAGCAGCUCUCGUUCAAGGUCUCAUUCCAGAUCUCGCUCUCGACCUCGUCCACGCUGCCACAGAGAUUCCUAUGCUUCUCGCUGCCGCCAUCGCCACCUUUCUCGCUCUUACAGCCCUUCACCAAGGCGUUCCUCCUAUCGUGGAUGCCGCAGAUACUCACGCUCGGACAGUCGCUCUUCCUCUCGGGGCCGCUAUUACAGACGGUCACGAAGGUCCCGCUCUCGCUCAGCCAGCUAUGGAAGACUGUCAGGCGGUUUUACUGGGCGAUUUAGAUACCGAUCCUUCCCAUCUCCCAAGAGGGGCUACUACAGAAGCAGGUCUAGAUCUACGGGGCACUCUGUUCAACUUAGCCAGAAAGACAAACUUGAACUUUUGAACAUUGCUAAAGUAAAUGCAGCAAAACUUUUGGGAGUGGAGAAGGUAGAGCUGCCUUCCAGUUUGAGGUCAACUGAACAAGAAGAGAGGAAACCAAAGUCUGAUACUGAUGGUAGCACAAAGGUGGAACCAGUGCCUCCAAAGAAACCAACACAGAACAAGCAUUUAACAGAGAAAUUGGUAAACACAGGUACUACACUGCUUAAGCCUACUUUUAUGUUUCUUAUUUAUUUAAAAAAAAUUGAUGAAGAUGAAGCAAACACAGACGACAGGACAUUCCCUGCUAUGUCUCCGACAAGAAAACCGAUUGCCUUUAGUGUCAAUAACACUGUCGCCAAGCCAUCAGGCAGCCCAACGGCUCAGGUAGAGAGUAAGGUAACCUCCAGAGCUGACAGCGUGGGGAACAGGAAGCCUUAUGGACAGUGGAUCCCGAUUAAAUCUGUUUCCCCUAAAAAGCGCUAAGCCUCCAUAACACAGUGGAGGAUUUAUGAACUCUGUAUAUACUGUAGUUUGUAAAUGUAAAUUAUUUGGGAGUUGUGAGUAGUGAUUUUAUCGGAUGUACUUUCUUUCAGAUUGAAAGUCAUUAAAAUUGGAAGACGACGAAGAUUAAUAACAGGUGGGAUUAACUGUAAAUAAGUGUACCAAAUAAAGAAUUUAUUCUCAAUUAA